CGCUCGGAAUACAAUAGUUAUGUGAGCGUCUGCGAGCGUGGUCUCGCGGGCGGGUGACGUCAUCGAGGCCAGAGAGGAGGAGCCGUGGACAGUGGGCGGGAGGCUGCCAACGGUUUUGAGCGUAGAGGGAGGCGCGAGAGGGGGAUCUCAGGGGAGGAGGCCAAUCGCUUGCCCCCCACUUUGGCAAACUGGGGGCUGAGGACUGGAAGGGUGGAGAGUAGGCGGAAUCAGGUGGUCGUCAGGGUAGAGGAUCUCGGGCUAGGCUUGAGGGCGGCGUGCUUUUUAGGGACGACUUAGGGCGUGACUGAGGGUUCACAAAGUUUCUUUUGGGGUGGUCGGGAGGGAGAGAUUCUAGGGAGCAAGGAAGCUUGCUAUGGCUUUCUUGCCAGGAGGGGUCGGAGGGCAAGUACAAGGGAGCUGACCCUGGGUAGAACGGGUGAAGAGGUGGGGGAGCGUGAGGUUCCUCCCUCUCUUGAGACUGGAGCCAGUUGAGGGACAAGUAGGGAAGGGGGACAGAAAAUGGGCCCCUAGUGGAUUUGGGUCCGUUUCCGUUGGGACGUUUUGGGCGUGAGAACUUAAGAGCUCAGUUGACCGGGGAUAGCCUGUUCCGGAGUUGAUGUGCAGCUUCCAGCACUCGUAGCUGGGAAGAGGAGCUUCAGCGGCGCUGUUGUCCCACAGUAGGUCUUCUGUCCGCACCCCCUCUGCGCUGCACCGUCUUAACACUGUUCCCAGGAGCUGGGGAAAGGGAUGCUUUUGCCCACUCCCAUGGGCCCUGGAACUGGUGGAAACCUUUCCUCUAACCAUAAAGCCUCGAUGCCCUUAAUUCACCAAGGAUCCUUGGCGUGGAGUCUUCUCCCUUCACCCAAAUCUUUCUCCGUGAACUUUUCCUCCUGGACUUUGCUACAGCAGAACCUCCCAACUCUGUGCUGUCUCCGGUUGUCUCUUCCCUGUAUUCAUGGCAACAUCAGCUGACAGCCCCAGUUCACCCCUCGGGGCGGAGGAUCUCCUGAGUGAUUCCUCAGAACCCCCUGGGCUCAACCAAGUGUCGUCUGAAGUGACCUCCCAGCUCUAUGCUUCUUUGCGCCUCAGCCGGCAGGCGGAGGCCCGAGCCCAACUGUAUUUACCCACCACCUCCCCGCCUCAUGAAGGGUUAGACGGCUUAGCCCAAGAAUUGAGUCGAAGCUUGUCAGUCGGAUUGGAAAACAACUUGAAGAAAAAGGAUGGUUCUAAGCAUAUCUUUGAGAUGGAAAGUGUUCGGGGUCAGCUCCAGACCAUGCUCCAAACCUCACGUGAUACAGCUUAUCGGGAUCCCCUCAUUCCUGGCGCUGGCUCAGAGAGACGGGAAGAGGACUCCUUUGACAGUGAUAGCACAGCCACCUUGCUCAACACCCGGCCCCUGCAAGACUUGUCUCCAUCUAGCUCAGCCCAAGCCCUGGAGGAGCUGUUUCCCCGCUACACCAGCCUUCGGCCAGGGCCUCCACUCAAUCCCCCAGAUUGUCAGGGGCUGAGAGAUGCAUUGGAUUCAGAGCAUACCCGCCGCAAGCAUUGUGAGCGCCAUAUUCAGAGCCUGCAGACCCGAGUGUUAGAGCUACAGCAACAAUUAGCCGUGGCUGUGGCUGCUGACCGCAAGAAAGAUACCAUGAUUGAGCAACUAGACAAGACCCUGGCCCGUGUGGUGGAAGGCUGGAACCGGCAUGAGGCUGAGCGGACAGAGGUUCUCAGGGGACUUCAAGAGGAACGCCAGGCAGCAGAGCUCACCAGAAGCAAGCAGCAGGAGACAGUAACCCGCCUGGAACAAAGCCUUUCUGAGGCCAUGGAGGCCCUGAAUCGUGAGCAGGAAAGUGCCAGACUGCAGCAACGGGAAAGAGAGACAUUGGAGGAGGAAAGGCAAGCUCUGACCCUGAGCUUGGAGGCAGAACAGCAGCGGUGCUGUGCCCUGCAGGAAGAGCGGGAUGCAGCUCGGGCUGGGCAACUGAGUGAGCAUCGUGAGUUAGAGACUCUUCGGGCUGCCAUAGAAGAAGAACGGCAGACCUGGGCCCAGCAAGAGCACCAGCUUAAGGAACACUACCAGGCGCUGCAGGAGGAGAACCAGGCUCAGUUGGAAAGGGAGAAGGAGAAGAGCCAGAGGGAAGCCCAGGCCGCCUGGGAGGCCCAGCACCAGUUGGCGCUGGUGCAGUCUGAGGUGCGGCGGCUGGAAGGAGAGCUGGAUACAGCUCGGAGAGAGAGAGAUGCCCUGCAGCUGGAAAUGAGCUUGGUGCAGGCCCGGUAUGAAAGCCAGCGGAUCCAGCUGGAGUCAGAGCUGGCUGUGCAGCUGGAGCAGCGGGUGACAGAGCGGCUGGCGCAGGCUCAGGAGAGCAGCCUACGGCAAGCAGCCUCCCUCAGGGAACAUCACAGGAAGCAGCUGCAGGACCUGAGUGGACAGCACCAGCAGGAGCUGGCUAGUCAGCUAGCUCAGUUCAAGGUGGAAAUGGCAGAGCGAGAGGAGCGACAACAGCAGGUGGCUGAGGACUACGAGCUCAGACUGGCCCGGGAGCAAGCGCGAGUGCGCGAACUGCAGAGUGGGAACCAGCAGCUGGAGGAGCAGCAGGUGGAGCUGGUGGAAAGACUGCAGGCCAUGCUGCAGGCCCACUGGGAUGAGGCCAACCAGCUGCUCAGCACCACUCUCCCACCACCCAACCCUUCAGCUCCUCCUGCUGGACCCUCCAGCCCCGGGCCUCAGGAACCAGAGAAGGAGGAGAGGAGGGUCUGGACUAUGCCUCCUGUGGCUGUGGCCCUGAAGCCUGUAUUGCAGCAGAGCCGGGAAGCAAGGGACGAGCUACCUGGAGCACCUCCUGUUCUUUGCCGUUCCUCCUCAGAUCUUAGCCUCCUGUUGGGCCCCUCUUUUCAGAGCCAACAUUCUUUCCAACCCCUGGAGCCCAAACCAGACCUCACUCCAUCCACAGCUGGGGCCUUCUCUGCACUUGGGGCCUUCCAUCCCGACCAUAGGGCAGAAAGGCCAUUCCCUGAGGAAGAUCCUGGACCCGACGGGGAGGGCCUCCUAAAGCAAGGGCUGCCGCCUGCUCAGCUGGAGGGCCUCAAGAAUUUUUUGCACCAGUUGCUGGAGACAGUGUCCCAGAACAAUGAGAACCCUGCUGUCGAUCUAUUGCCCCCUAAGUCUGGUCCUCUGACUGUCCCAUCUUGGGAGGAAGCCCCUCAAGUGCCACGUAUUCCACCCCCUGUCCACAAAACCAAAGUUCCCUUAGCCAUGGCAUCCAGUCUUUUCCGGGUCCAGGAGCUUCCCUCCUCCCAUUCACAAGGCAGUGGUCCCAGCAGUGGUUCCCCAGAGAGAGGUGGAGAUGGGCUCACAUUCCCAAGGCAGCUGAUGGAGGUGUCUCAAUUGUUGCGACUCUACCAGGCUCGGGGCUGGGGGGCUCUGCCUGCUGAGGAUCUCCUGCUCUACCUGAAGAGGCUGGAACACAGCGGAUUCCCUCCCAGUCUGUCCCUCGCCGCCUUGCUACAGCCCCCAAGACUGAAAAACCUCCCGCACGGAAGAAAAGUGGGCACCAUGCCCCGAGUAGUAUGAGGAGCCGGGGGGGAGUCUGGAGAUGAGCCCCCCUACCCUCUUUCCUCUUCUUUGUUCUCUUAUUGUUGUUAUUUUAAUAAAUGCUCGAUAGUCUGUAUCAGAGUCUCUGGCUCAUAGGAAUUUGGAAAAUAGAGGUUUUGUAGGAAAUCACUUUGUAAAGAAACCACAUUUGGUUUGAGUACUCUUUUUUAUAUGUUACGUGUUUAUAUGUCAUUUCCUAUGGGAAAAGACGUGAAUGCUUUGGAAGAUGGUCUAUGACAAGAUUUGGAAAGUUGGAGUAGCUAAGAUUCAGUGGACAAAGCUAAAACCUGCAGAGCAAUGAACUCUGGGUGGUAGUGGAAUUAUGGGUGAUUCUUAGUUUUUUAAUACAUUUCUGUAUUUUCCAAAUUUUCUAAAACAAGUAUAUGUUACUUUAAUAAUCAGAAAAGACCCAAACUUUAAUAAGAGUAAGUUAUUGUAUAAAGAGUUUGAGUUAAAAUUUGGUUGUUGGGGAGAAAGUUUUCUCUUUU